AUGGCAGCGGCUACUAGGUCUGGGGUUUGGGGGCUGCUAGCUCGCUCUCGGCCACAGCUGGGGUGGCCCAUGUCAAGUGGCGCCCAUGGCGAGGAGGGCUCAGCUCGCAUGUGGAAGGUCCUCACCUACUUUGUCGUGCUUCCCGUGGCGGGAGUGAGCAUGCUGAACUGCAUCCUGAAGUCGCAUGAAGGAGAGCACGAGAGGCCCGAGUUCAUCACCUACCCCCAUCUCCGCAUCAGGUCCAAGCCCUUUCCCUGGGGAGAUGGUAACCAUACUCUACUCCAUAGCCCUCACGUGAAUCCGCUUCCAACCAGCUAUGAAGAUAAGUAA